AUGCGGAAGCAGUUAUUUCUCCCUCCAUGAUUGAAAAUUAUAAAAAAACAUUUUUAUAUCAUAGAAAAUUAGUGUCAAAUAGAUUUUCUUAGCGAAUAGACUAAAAAAAUUAUAAAAAAUGAACCGGUAACCAUGUAUAUUAAUACGUAUUUAAUCCUUAUUUUCUUGUGUAACUAUGUUUACUCUGAAACUUUCUUGCAAAUUUUAAAGAAAUACAACUACCCCGCGGAGGAGCACGUGAUAGAAACAUCAGAUGGGUAUAUUUUGAAAGCACAAAGAAUACCUCAUGGUGCAGAUGGUACACAACCGAGGGAAGUGGUACUUCUGGGUCAUGGAAUGGGUGGCAGUGGAGAAAACUUUAUUCUAUUAGGACCUCCUGAUGGUUUAGCAUAUUAUCUAUCAGAUAGAGGAUUUGAUGUAUGGUUUUUCAAUGCCAGAGGAUCAUUACAUUCCAGAAAACACAAGUCUCUGAGUCCAGACAGAAACAGAAAGCAAUUUUGGAAUUUUAGUUGGCAUGAAAUAGCAACAAUAGACUUGGUCGAUACAGUCAAUUACAUUUUAAGAGUCACCGGUAAAGACGGCUUGUUCUAUGUGGGACACUCUCAAGGAACCACGAUUUUGAUGGUUAUGUUAGCGGAACACCCGGAAAUGAACCAGAAAGUCAAGGCGGCAACUCUGUUGGCACCUUCUGCUUACCUUCAGCAUACCUCCAGUCCAAUUCUUAGUUUAGGGUCAAAAUUAAGAAGAUUAGGAGAGAGUAUCACAUCGAUGCUAAAUAUGUACGAACUUCCGAUGUCCAAUGGCCUUAUCCUCAACAGGUUUUUGAAAACUCUAUGUAACAGAUCCAGCAUGAAAGACAUUUGUAUGGAUGCCGUUUAUUUGCUAGGAGGAGCAAAUUCUGGAUUAGUUAACAAGACUUUACUACCAAUGCUGAUCGAAUUUAUUCCAUCUUCUAUAUCUACCAAACAAGCGUGGCAUUACGGACAAGUUAUUGCUUCAGGAGAGUUUAAACAGUACGAUUAUGGUAAAAAAAUGAAUCAGAAAAAAUACAAUAGUCCUACACCACCUAUGUACAAUAUGUCAAAUAUUGAAGUCCCAAUAGGGUUGUUUUAUGGGGACAGCGAUCCUUUUUCUACCCCGAAGAUGAUAGACGAGUUUGUCAAAGUUCUACCAAAUAUAGAGCUGGUGUAUAAAGCCCCAGAGGAAAACUUCAAUCAUCUGGAUUAUAUUCUGGCUUAUAAUGCCAAAGAAAUCAUUAAUGACGUAUUACUGGAUAAAGUAUUCAAGAAAUAUAUGGAUGACAAUACUGUUGAUUAGCUUGAAGUUAAAAAGUUAUAUAUAAAUAAUAUUUUUAUGAAGUAACCCAUCUCAAAAAAGUAUUAAUUAGAUCUUAUGCCUUUUUAGCUAAGAAAAUUUAUUUACAAAUCUAUAAAUACUCAUAGUUUAUAUAAUAAUUAAAUAAAUUAUUUCCAGUU